GCGAUGUGUAUUUGACACAUGUCCCAAGUUGUCGCGUAUUGCCUGCUUGCACCUGACAACUUACAACUCUUCCACCACUCUCAGUAACUAAGCAUCUGCCGCACCAGCACGUCUGCACUAGAGAAGUGCUACGAGCAUGGCGGAUUGUGUUCGAUGGUGGCAUCAGGUCACACAAGCUGGUGCUUUCCCACUUCUGCUGACCGUUUCAGAGUAGCUGCCACAGGUGCCAGCUUCCUCGUGGAGAGUACCAGGAGUACGGAAAUUAUCGAAUGACAGCUCACAAGUUGGAGCGUCAAUGUUUCUUGUCUGGACGACCCUUCCAGCUAAAUAUACCCGCCACACCUGCAGAUACAGGUUUGCGUCUGGGGUAAAGCUUGGCUAAGUUCCACCGCGCCACCCGGCGACCUCGUAUGCGAGCAUUCCAAUCUCUGACUUCAUGUCUCUCCAAAAGGGCUUUGUCUUGCUUAUUGCGACUCUGUUAUCCGUAUGAGGUCGCAUGAAUGAGGCAGAGGGGUAGUACGAGCGACGAAAGAGGAGAUUGCUGUCGUUGAUUAUGGCUGGGCAACAACACGAGGGUCUAUUUGACUGGAUCCACGACGAGGUGUGAACAAAGAUCUGGCUUCAGGACUCUGCUAUAAAUUAUUAACGUAGAUUCUCCAGCAUCAUUCUGGUGUGACCUUUGAUGGUGAUUCCUAAAGCGUCAUCUCGCUGUUUGUGCUGGGAAGCUGCGCUAGACAAAUUCAUGUCCCUCCCUCGUAGCUUCGCCGACCACAUGUUAAAGAAAGGCUUUCUGGCAACAGCUGCUUCUGACGACAGUCUCUCAGUCUCAUCAACUAUAUCGGUAUGUUUGAGAACUAUACGACCUGAAAAAAUCUUGGGGUCCUUCGAAAAGCUGGUCUGUUUUGUGUGGGGUCAUCCUCAAAACAAGGAACGCUAAUAAAAGCUGCUCACUUCUCGCUUCGAAAAGGGGUUCGCUUCAAGUAGCGAGCUGGUGCAAAACAAAACACAGGCAAGAAAAAAAUUUUAAGCCUUUAGACGCUUCUGGGAAGGUUCUAGGUCUGUGUGCUGCCUAGAGUUUUCGCUUGGCCACGUUAUCGCAGCCUUAGCAAACCCUCCCACUACACUUUCCAAGAUAUAAACAACUGCCCCUCCUCUCUUCUUUCUCCACGACGCAACGCCCUCUUCAAUAAAUGAGUCUUCGAUCUCGCCUUCCACAAAGUUCUAUCGUUUCAUCCAAGACAACCCACCACAAAUACGCACAUAUCUCGGCCAAAAUGAAGCUCUGCAGACUCAUUUUGAUGGUCAUUAUAGUUCUCCUUGGCUUGGGCCUCGGUACUUUUGUUGGCACAUCGGCCACAGAUGUCACAAAGACCGUCAACGACAUCAAUAUUGUCACUGUCGAUGCCUAUGCUCCGGAGUCCACCUCUAUUUCUUAUGCCCUCAACGUCGAUUUGCGAUCCCAGCAUUUCUUGGCUCAGUCUUUCUGGCCUACAACAACCAUUCGCAAGACUAGCACACUACACAGAACAAUUACGGUUUCCUCUCCGGCCUCUAGUCCCCUGCAGACCUUGUCAACUCGUACCAGAACCACCUAUGCUACAGUGACGCAAACCAUCACAGUCCCUGCGGCUUCUUCAGUUACUUCAGCACUUUCGUCUCACGGCGUCGCUCGUCUAGCUACAUCCAACCUGGACGUUGACAAUUUCGACCCUUAUGACUACGAAUUUGUCGAUGACAACUCCAAGAUCGAGCUUAGAAGCCUGGAUAUCUCAUCUGAUUCUCCCUCGACUGCAGCCGCGUGUCCAACAGAUAUUUCUGGCGAUUACCAAUUCCCACACCUCAUUGUCCCAACUUCAAUCGCCAUGCCGGAUCAACCCCAAGGCACCCAAUAUACCGUUUGGAUCUCACCUGCUGCGUCUACCCUUUUCAACUUCGAUAUUCCAGCUACAUAUACCGGCAAUUGUUCUCUAAUCUUUCUCUUCCCCUAUAUGUCUCAGCUGGAUCCUUCGGCGGGAAAAUACACAUACUCAGGUCAAGAACAGGUUGUGUAUCAGAAUGGAGGACUCAAGUUCGCUCUCCUGGCUGGUGUUGCGAAUAACUGUACGACAUACAACUCUACCCCUCCCGUUGCGGUCGAUUAUGGAAAGGUCAAGAUCUUGCCCGGAAACAAAUACACUGUGGCUGUCUUCCCUUGCCCUACAGGAAAGACUAUUACAAUUGAGGGUAGUUCGGCUAGCAAGACUGAGCUCGACUACUUUCAGAAUACUGGUACUGAACCUAUUGGUCUCUAUCUCGUUCCUUGCGUCUAG